AGAUUGGGUGAUCGGUUGCAAUGUCUGAACAAAACAUUGUCCUUGGACAACUCUCGACCAGUUGACAAUGGAUUCGAAACUCAGAGAAUGGAUUUUGAUGAUGACACACAGAUAAUGGAUUUUGAUGAGACUAUGCAUAUGGAUUUUAAUGGUGAUACUCAGAAGUUAGAUUUUGAUGGUGAGACUCAGUUAAUAGAUCUUGCUGGUGAGACUCAAGUAAUGGACGAUCUUGAUUAUGAUGAAUUAAUAGACACUCAGUUGAUAGAUAAGGAAGAUGUUAGUUGUAGUGACAGUGAUGAAACCAUCGUUUUGAGUGACACUGAAGCCAUAUCAAAUGAUGAUGAUCCGCUCAAGGCAGCAGAUAGUUCUCAUGUAGAGCAGGAGCAUCUUCUUUCCACAAAUUCUGAAAAACACAAUAAAGGAGAAUCACGAGGAAGCUCUGAUGUUUUGAGUAAUGGCAGGCCAAGUUCAGGAUAUGUUCGAUUAGAUUUCACAUCUGUUCGAGUUUCUUCUUUAAGAGCUUCUGCUUUAGCGGCAAGACAAAGGUCUAGUGGUGAGAUGAACAUUGAACCCCUUUCCUUAAGAAGUGAAGGUUGCUCCUUGAAGACCCAUACUGUUGAAGAAGAUUCAAAGACACCUUUUAUAAACUAUGAUUCAAAACCCGUAGAAGAACUUGUAAGUGAAAACGAAGGAAGAACAAAGGAUAAGAGCUGUUUUGGUAGGUCAACCGCAAGGAAACUCUUUGUUGCAAAUACAAAUGAAGUUGAUGGGGAAGCGGAUGUGCCCGAGGUUGCAGGACUAAGCUAUCUGGAUUCCCAAGAGCCUGGAGAUCUAUCGCAAGCCAAUGCAUUGGACUUUGUUGACAAGCUUCUUAAGUCUGAACUUGAUCAAAUAGAGGAUGUAAGAACUUCCACCGGUGGGAAAUCAAAACAGCUAUCGAGCAGGAAAAGGAGCCAGAGUUUGUCUAGAAGAAGAGCCACUCGCAUUGAGGAUUCAAAACAAAGAGGGAUUUUUGAUUGGGAUGAUAAUCAUGAAGAUGAAGGUGGUGGAGAUUUUUUCAUCAAAAAGAAGGAAACUUUAUUUGAUAAGAAAUCUUUUACCCAACCUAAGAAGCGGAUCCGCCGAGGAAAUACAUCAGUUGAUAAAAUGCGGCAUGUUGAAGAGAAACUAGAAAUUGACGAAAAUGUAAAGGUAAAUGGUUUAGUUUAUUCCCACUCAAAGUUGGAUUUAAAAUUUUCCAGCAAGAACUGUAAAUCUACACAGAGAACAGGAAAAGAUCUUAGGAAGAAUCUUGUUAAGGAGCUUGAUGAACAAUUAGAUAGGGAUUCCCUAGAUUGUAUAGAAGCUGCUGGAAUUGAUAAGGAUGUGCAGGAUAUACCUGAUGUGGGACCGGAUACUCAACUAGCUGCUGAAGCUAUGGAAGCUUUAUGCUUUAACUUUGAUGCUGAGAUUUGCGAAAACAACUCUAAUAAAGGAGAAGAAAGGAGGUUGACAAGACAGUCUAAGAAGAAGUCUCAGCCAAAUAGUGAAGAUUUAUCUACUCUUGUAAAAUCAACAGAACGUUUGAAGGUCAAGGUCAAGCAAAAUUCAGAUAAAACAGAAAGUUAUACUGAGACAAAGAAAGCUGAAUCAAAUUUGAAAAGGCACGCAGUCUCAGAUGGAGUUGGACAAAUUAAGGGAGCUUCUAAAAAUGAUGAGAUUGGUGAUUUUGAUAGAUCUAGUGUUUUUUGUACACCAAUAGCCUGUCGAACUAGGCGAUCCAGGAAGUUAAGUGCUGAUGAAGAGAAAAAACUUACCAAUGGGAGGAAGAGGGGUAGAACUGAUUGUGAUUCUUCCAAUCCAGAGAAAUCGUGUGUGGCUGGUGUAACUUUACCAGUUGAAUUGAAAUAUUGCAAAGGGAAAAGAACACAAAGAAAAAUUGAAAAUCGGGUAAAGGUUGUUGCUAAGGAAGCUUCUCUGGCUAGUUUAGGAUCUUCAAAAGGCAUUUCAUUAUGUACUUCUGAACAUGGGCUUGGAACUUCAGCAUUAAAGCAUUCUGACAAGACGAUAAGUACCAACAGAUAUAAUCCAUCUGAUUCAGCAUCGACCACUCCUAAUAAUUGUGGGACCGGCACCCCUGGACAUGCUGCAUCACCGGUUUGUAUGGGUGAUGAGUAUCGUAAGCAGACUUGCAGAAGGAACCUGUCAAAAUUAUUGCCUUUUAAAGAAGUUGACAACUUGUUGAUCUCGUCUGGAUUCCCCAUUAGAGAGUCGAGGAGGAAGAGGAGGGAUAUGUCUAACAUUCAAGUCUUGUUCAGUCAGCACUUGGAUGAAGAUAUAAUCAAGCAGCAGAAAAAGAUUUUAUCUCGUUUAGGAGCAAAAGUUGCAUCCACUAUUUCAGACGCCACACACUUUGUAACCGAUAAGUUUGUCCGGACAAGAAACAUGCUAGAAGCCAUUGCAUUUGGGAAACCUAUAGUGACCGAUUCGUGGCUCGAUAGCUGUUUACAAGCUAGCUGUUUCAUUGAUGAGAGGAACUAUAUAUUAAGAGAUGUGCAAAAAGAGAAAGAGUUUGGUUUUAACUUAGCAGUUUCGUUAGCUCGUGCAAGUCAAUGUCCACUCUUGAAGGGGCAAAGGGUCUUCAUAACACCUAGCACAAAGCCUGGUAAAGAGAUAUUGACAAAUUUGGUGAAGGCAGUUGCUGGCAUGGUUAUCGAUAGAAUAGUAAGAAAAACACUCACUGAUGAGAAAUUGGGAGACAACUUAUUGGUUUUAUCUUGCGAGGAAGAUUACAGUGUCUGCAUGCCUUUCAUCGAGAGAGGUGCAGCAGUUUAUAGUUCAGAAUUGUUGCUGAAUGGCAUAGUCACCCAGAAGCUAGAGUAUGAAAGGUAUCGUCUAUUUCUGAAUAAUGUGAAGCAAACGCGUUCUACAGUGUGGCUGAAGAAUGAUAACAAUGAGUUCCGCCCUGUGUCUACUAAACAUCAUCAUAAUCCCAAAGGCAGCUGAGAUCAUCUUCACACUGAUUUCAAGUGUUUGUUUCUCUUUAUGCAAAUUUGUGUAUAUUGUGCUCCUGUCUUUUAUAAGAAGAAUGAUUUUAUUCCAUUUGGCUUAAGAUAUGAGAGUUUCUAAUUUACUUAUUUCAUU